CGUGGUUCCGCAAUCCGAGGAAAGUCAGUUGCAAGACGAACAGUUGGAGUUUGCUCUUCCGAAUCCAAAACCCUCUGUUUUGCCGGAGGCAGACGACCUAAUCGAGGAGUUUCUGACGAGAGUGUCUCAUGUUGAGGGCCCUCAGAGCCAGACUGGCAUGACGGAAUUGCAGUCGUCACCUGGUGGGACGGGGAGCGAAACGCGACUGCGAGGGGGGCCGCUUCGUGAUAUGAUACGAGAGCAGUCUUCAGGGAACCAAAGCAAACAACAGGGAGUUUCGGUAUUCUCACCUCUGCUUGAGGGAUCGCCUACGGGUCUGUACAACGAAGCGCGUAUGACAACGCAAAGUCCUUUAGACGAGAUAGCUAGACCGCUGAGCAGUGCUGGAGCACUGCUGCAGGCUGCUCAAUCCAUGGGGCGGAAAACAAACACUUCACAACCAGGUUUUGUUAUGGCAACAUUGAGUUGUUUCAUAUUAUGAUAGAUUAGUGAUCGGAGACAAUUAUUCUAGUACUAAGAAAAGCAAAAAUGGAAUAGCUGUAAAGCUCAUUCGAUAAUUUCAAGAGAAAAUAUAGAGAGAAGUCAGCUCUUUCUGUUCUAGUUUCGAUUAUGAGUAAGCUGUAGACCACGACAGUCAUGGAAGUCGUGCUCUUUACUUUAUGUGCAAGUUGUUGUAGGCGUGGGUAGACCUUCGCCAUUUCAAAUUGAAUAGUAAUAACUUACUCCGGUGCUUGUGGUAGUGGAUAUGUUAUCAGUAGAGAUGCUGAUGCAAUUAUGAUGAUGAUGAUGAUGCUCUUGCUCUAAGAAGACUAGGGAGGGACUUCCUAGAAGUGAGUCACACGGUUCAAGCACGGAAUUGAACAACGCUCGAUUGCUGGACACGUCGGGGACUCCUUUAGCUGUGCGAGG